GGUAAUCUGACUUUGCGGUAGUGUUUUACUUGAAUCGUUUUUACAACCUUACAUAACGUACAAAUAAUGUAUCAUCCAUCAAGAGGUGGUGUUCGAGGUGGUGCAGAUCAGUUUGAAUGGGAAAGUAUCAAAUCUGAUAAACACAGAGAGAAUUAUUUGGGUCACUCACUAAAAGCUCCAGUCGGAAGAUGGCAAAAAAACAAAGAUCUCCAGUGGUUUUCUCGUGAUAAAAAAGGUAGUGGCCAGGCCAAUUUAAAGGAAAAAGAUGCAAUAAAAAGAAUGGAAGCUGAGGCAAUGGCUGCUGCUCUAGGCCAUGGUUUUGUCAAGAAGCAGACACAACAGCUAACUAGACAGGAACUUGAAGAAGUUUGCAAAAAAGGUCAAACUGAGCGUGAUGAGAAAGAUAUAGAGAGGAUAGAAGGRAUGGGAUUUGGAAGUAACCGUGCCAGCCUCAUGGAUACUUUGUCAUCAAAUACAAAAGAAACUUUGUCGGCUGUUGGUACAGGUCAGGAAAUUGCCAGACCUUUGAAAGACACCACAAAAACUACACAAUCUAUGGACAUUYCAAGAAAAGUAAGUAAGAAGAGCAAGAAAAAAGAAAAGAAAGAGAAACGGAAGCACAAGAAAAAGAAAUCAAAAGAGCAAAGAGAAUCUAAAAGGAGAAAUAAUGACAGUGAUUCAAGUUCAGAGGAAGAACAUUUUUAUAAAACACAAAAAAAUCGCAGGCGACAUGAUUCAAGCUCUGAGGAUGAACAUAGCUCUAGAAAGAAACAAAAGCACAGAAGACAUGAUAGUGAAUCCAGUGCAGAAGAUCAAGGUUUUCAAAMACGCAAGAGACAUGAUUCAGAUUUUGACCAUGAUGAACRUAAGACCAGAGGAUCCAAAARUUCUAAGACAAACAGGAAGGAAUCUUCUGAUUUGUUGUCAAAGAAUAAAACUGGGAACAGUGGGCUGCACUCUUCCCGACAAAGACGCGAUUCUUCAGAUAGGGGAAGGRACCRAASGUACUCAUCAAAAACAAGGCAUGAUUCUAUUUCUGAUGACAGCGAUUCGAAAAAAAGAAGUGAUAGAUAUAGUAGAAAUAUGAAACAGAGUUACAAUUCAUCUGAUGAUAAUUCAAGGAGCAGUAGUAAGAAGAAAGAGGUAAAGAACCWGCGUAGACAAAGGCAUGACUCAUUUUCUGAUAACUGAAAUAGAAGGCUAUCUUUU